AUGCGACGGCAAUAUCAGCCUUCUUCGCGCACGGCAGCUCGAAGAACCCGUGCUCGUUCGAAGAGUCGAGCUGAGCUGCUUGUGGAUGGAGAUCAGCGCGGGAUUUUUCAAACCCAGGAGGCCAUCGAACGGUUGCAGCAAGAGGGCUGGACGGUCCAGACCAGAGUCUUUGCAGCGCCGAAGAGACUUGAGAGCAAGAAAUGGCAGGAGCUCCUCUCGAAGCCUGGUACGAAGUUCCAGGCGGUGCCACGCAGCAGGAAGGGGGAGGCUAGUGAUGUAGCCAUUGAAGGGCGGCUGCGUUGCCUGGCCCGGACGUCCCGGAGCAUCUGCCCUGCUUUGUUGACGACGGACACAGACUUUCUGGGCGUAGUGCAGGAAAUCGUGGGGAUGGGCAGAGAGAUGGUUGUGCUUGUCCCUCAAGGGAGAACGUCCAGCAUGCGAAAAUAUGAGUUGGCUGGUGCCCGCGUGUUGCCGAUGCAAGGUCGUGGGAACGGGCCCAAGGUCAGGGCCCAAUUGCAUGCACACGGAGGAGGAAGUGUGGAGAUGACAGACCCUUGGGCAGCUCCGCAGGUGUCUGAAGAUGACCGCGAAGAGCCCUCUGCGUUCUUGCAGUCGCUGGACUAUCGCGAUGAGCGUGGCUACCUGGUGCAGUCUGUUGCUAAGUUUUGGUUCACCCAUCGCCUGGGUCCGGUCACUGUGUUCCCGGUUCCGCAAGGAUGUGCGGAAACGUUUCAGCUUGUGCGAAAAGCAGGCGCCGAGGCCUCGUGGGUGCGCUACAAAGACAACCUUGCAUACUUCCUUCCUGUGACUGGCAGUUCGAAGAAGACGCUGAAGAAGAUAGAUGAGUUCGGAGGCAUGGUGGCCAGACAGAUAUUCAAGGGUGGUGGCCCCUUUGUGAUCCAUGACUCUCCAGACAUGGUGGCGCAGGCGUUGAGCAUGAUGGGGUAUUUGGACUACAAGCUCAACGCUGACGUAGCUGAGGCGAUGCUGACGUUCGUGAACAUGCCUGAGAACAAGCUCAAGCUCCGAAAGUACUGUGAUGCCUUGCCUUCGUUCGAGGACACCAUCUCUGACGUUUCCGAGAAGCUGAGGCGAGCCUUCUUGUCGCAUGGCACAGAUGGCCUUUGGCGCCUUGCACCCAAGGAUGCAGAGGUGCGCAAGGAGCUUUGCAAGCAAGGCUUGUUGACAAGCGAGGCCUCUACAAAGAGCGCAGUGCUGCAAGCCAUGAUCAAGUUUGCCCGGCAGCACAAGUUGCCGGAGAUGCGCAGCUACAACGGAUACCUCUUUCGGAUUCUGCAUCACAUGGGCACUUCGGAUCCCAGCCGAGUUGGGACCGUGGAGUUCAAAGUCUAG